AGUAUAGUUACCGAUGGCACGGUAUGUUCACACUUCAGAGACAUCUGGAUCGUAUGGGGAAAGGAAACUAAGAGUCCAAGAUGGCGAAUGGACCGUCCCUGUCCACUGUCACACGCUCCCUCUCACUGUUGGACGUUCUCCAUGCAAAUCAGUUUGAAGGAAAGUCUUUCGAUCCAGAAACACUUGAGGAGACGGAGGAAAACCUUUACAGAGGGGCCCCACCCGAAUGGUUAAACUUUCACAUCAGUGAACAGGCAGAGUUAGAUGGCACCGGAUCUCCUUUCAUUAAACGAGAUGGAUAUGUUAAACUUAUGAAGCAAAUUCACAAGUUGAGAAAACACCCUGGAAUAUCAACAGUUAAACUGUUUCACCAGCCAGGAUGUGGGGGGACAACACUGGCCAUGAAGGUGUUGUGGGACUUUAAGAAAACUUUAAGGAGUGCUGUUUUAACAGGCUCAACCUCGGACAUCACAAAGGUUGCAGAGGAGGUGGUCCACCUUUUCACAGCAGGCAGUCAAGGCGACCAGAAGACUGUGCUGCUGUUGGUGAAUGGUGUGCAAGUUUUGGAAGAUCUACAAGUAAGCAUUAUGAGGACGAUUGCUAAUCAGAAGAUAGUCACCCGUAUGCCUGUGGUGGUUUUACUCAGCUGUAUUAGAGAAGAUGCAGAUUUAAAGAGUGAUGAUGUCUUCCUUCAAGAAGUGCUUUCUGACUCAGAGAAGAAUCAUUUUAAUGACAAAAAGGUGGAGCUCAACAGGAAGUACGGUGAUAAAUGCAAACGAUUCCAUGGCUUUAACAUAAUGCAAAGCAAUUUUUCUGAAGCUUACAUCCAGGCGGCGUGCUCUGUAUUCAAAACCAUCAAAGAAACAGGAAUACAAGAGAAAACCCAGCUUGCUGCCUUCCUUUCCCUGCUGAACGCGUAUGUACCAGACUCUUAUCUCCUUGAGGCUCAGUGCCUGGACGUGUUCAAACAUGCCAACUACAGCCACAGAGACAUAUCACUGGAAGACAUGCUGGACGACUUUAGCCAUCUCAUUAUCACUAUCCAACAAGAUGGUUCUGAAAAAAGAGUCCGCAUGGCCCACCCUCUGAUAGCACAGUGUUGUACUGAAUUGAUGGCUGAAGCAGGUGUGACCAGAAGUGACACAGCGAAAAAUCUCUUGACAUGUUUGUGCAGAGAUAAAGUCCCUCGAUAUUUGGCUGCUUUUGUAAAAUACAUGCUAACCAAAAGAAGACCAAAACAAAAAGAAAAUGGAAGAGAAGAGAACCCAAUACAUCCUACAGAGAUGCAAGAGGAGAUAGAUUCAUUUGCUAGACUGAUUCUACAUAUUCAAACAAAGGAGGACAACUCUCAGUGUGUAUCACUUUUAGGGAUGGCAACAAAUAUGUUUGUUCGAAAUCCGUUUUUUCCACAAGCACUUGCUCGUUUUCAUUGCAUAGUACUAAGAGACUACGAUCAGGCAGAAGUGUGGGCAAAGGAGGCAAAGCAAAGAUAUCCCCAAAACUCAUUUGUUGCUGAUACACUGGGCCAAGUCCAUAAGAACCGUCUGAAGAACCUGAGGCGACCAGCCCAACCAGGACACAUUUUGGAUCUGGCCUUAAAGGCCAUUCGAGCUUUCGAAGACGAAGAAAGACUUGCCGAAGAUGAAGUUGGGACAAACGUGAAAAUAAAUGGCUAUUUCCAUGUCUCACGUUUCUUUAACACCAGAGGGAUGUUUGGUUUCCUGCAGGUCUGCAAUCUUGUGUAUGACCUACUUGUCAGUCAGAACCAAACUUGGAGAGGAGUCCUCACAAAGAAGGUGUCUUUGGGCUCGGCCCUGCCAUCUCUUGGAGAUCACUCACUUCUAAGAUUCAAUGAUCCCAUAAACAGACUCAGAGAUGCAGUUGAGAAAAAAUUUGCUUUUUUUGAGGGAUUUCUGACUUACUCCAAGCCUGACAUGAAGCAAGAUGAUCCAGAAUACAUUUCAAGAGAAACCUCGGCUUGCUACAGGAAGUAUGUUGGAGACUCCACAUCCAGCCAUUUGAAAGAAAAAGGCGCUGAUCUGAUCCAGAAGCUUAAACUCAAACAGGCUGGCACCACUACGGGAGUUCUCUCAUGUCUUGACAGAGAAUGCACUGAAUCAGACCUUAAAGAAAUAACUACAUUGUGGGAGGAAAUCUGUCUACAUAAAGAUCCGGUCACAGCUAUGGUCAACAACAUCUUCGCUCAUAUCAUGUUAAGAAAUACGGGAGCAACCAAGUCUGAUUGCAAACAUUUAACUGCAUUCAAACAGGAAAUGUACCCGAUCCUCACGGAUAAACCUGAGCCCCAUAUGUUAGCCCUCCUCUUGCACUGGCCUACAGACAAUGAAGACACAUGCAUCCUUGACCUCAGUGCAAUGAUUAAGCGUACGCAAGACCUGUAUAAACAAGCAUAUGCGAAUCACUUUCGUACAAGGUACCUUCGCCCUAUGUUUUUCCUCGGAAAAGGUCAAGAACUGAACAGGAUAGUUCACAGAAAGGCCCUAGAGGGGUCGGUUCUUCAGGCAAUGCAAGAUUGGAGCGAUGAGAAGAUUUUCCAAGAUCCAUCGGUCAAAGAACACCUUCUUAAAGUUCGAGGGGAGAUACGAGAGUACAGACUCUUUGCAACUGUUGAUGGUAAAGAUAUUGAGGUGGUUGCAAACCUCCGAAACAGCCUCUGGAGAAAACGCAAGGUGUCCUUCUACCUUGGAUUCACCAUCAAAGGUCCUGUAGCCUUUGCCAUCCAGACUGAAACUGCAGACAAAAAGGAACUACUCUCAGAGAUGGAUUCCUCCAAACCAUGGCCUUGUGGGUUGUUUAAGUUUGGAGCUUGUGGCGAUGAAAUGGAUGCCAGGGAUUUGACUGAACUUAAACCUGAAGUCAACAGAGUGGAUGAGGUUCAAACCUAUAGCCUCCAGUCUGAUGCAGGCAACUAUGAAUGCAGUGUGUCUGGCCUGCGCUGGGUGUGUAAGGAAAAAGUCAGCUUCAAAUACAAGUUCCUCUCAUGGGAGGAACACAUGAGGAGUCCAGUUUGCAAGGAUUACAUGCCAGCAGGACCCCUCAUGGACAUCACAGUCACAUCUGGGGAGAUAGAAGAAGUGCAUCUGCCACACAGCGUCUGUAUCGAUCAAACCUCUACAUUUUCUGGCCAGUUUGCGGUUCUUCACGUGUAUCCCUGCUGUGAUGUUGUGGAAGAAGUACCUAAAGUGACAUUGUCCCACAUCACGUUUCUCCAGCCAACGUUCCCUCCAAGGGGGGUCAUGAUCCGAAAGAUGGCGGGAAUCCCAUUUUACUACGACGUGUUGAUAUACAAGACGAACAAAGAGUUCCUCGCGUUGGAUGUUUAUGUGGUGCCGCGCGAUUCUGCUCUACGACAGGAAGUGGAAGAAAAGCAAAAGUCUUCUGGAUCAAUACUAAUCCUAAAUCCAAGUCCAGACAAGUCCAUGCAAAUGGGAGAACAUUUGUCCCUCACAACAGACCAGGCGGAUGCAAUCAUUCAACCCAGCUCCCGAAAGCUCAGAUAUGAAAGCAUUUUCUUUGAGGUGUUGAUCAGAAACACCGACAGCGACAUCACCCUCAGGCUUCAAAGUGGAAAAAAAAAAAAAAGACUCUCUGGACCUGUACCAUUCAUAAAGGAGACUACCAAAAUCAAAGCGCUGAGCAUUAACAAGGUAAGACGAGAAAGACGUUGGAUUGAUAAGGGAUAUCAGAUGACUUCAAACACUAUUGCUACCUUGCUCUUCAUCACUUUCUCAGUUUCUUGAUGAAGAAUUUAACACAUAACUGGAAAUUCUGCUUACUUUUUUCCCCCUGCGUCACAUCAGCAUUUUCGUGGAUCGCCAUCAGGCAGCUCUGAUAAACACAAUGAGCGAUAAAAAACCAUUUCUGGAUUAACUCAAGGAAAAUAAGGCGAUCUCUGAGACCUACGAUGUGAGGGGGAUGAAGAGUGUGGGGGGGGGGGGCUCUUGUUUCUGAGCUUCAGGGAUCAGGAUAAAGUAUGGGAAAGUAAAGGGUCGUAUUGUUAUGGAGAAUUGAAGCAUCUGCUGUGAUAAUCAGUGCCACAGAACAGUUUAAUAUCAUCAGCACUCAGAAGACAAGAGUGACGAUAUGUUGCUACUUAAACUCUUUUAAAAAGUACCUAUUUUUCGUGAUUUAUUUGUGGAUUUGUGAAACCCUGAAUGUGAAAAUCAUAAUAACACUUAUUUUAUUUUUUGAUAUAUUUUUGAUAUAAUAAUUCAUUACAUUUUUUUAUUAGAGCGCUUUUUCAAGGUACUCAAAGCGCUUUACAACUACACAUUACAUGCAUUAGACAUGUAUAUAUCUUUCUUUUCAUGUUUAAUAUCUUAGGUGAUGUAAACUCAAUGUAUGUCCAGUUAAAAAGACAGAUAUUAUAAUAUUGAAAUACUUUUUUGUAUCUAUCGCAGUUGUAAAGCUUUUGAGAGUAGAAUAAUUCAUCAAAGAAAAGAGAGAAAGAGUACAUGACUUUUGAUGUUUUAUUGUAACGUGCUUGACUUAAUGUACAUAAUGUUAGAUUUGUAUGACUAAUGAAGAGAUUGAAGGUUUUUUUGUUGGUUUGGUUCUUUAGUGCCAAAAAAAGGAAAAAAACGGCAUAGUAUAGUAUGUAAUACAAAAGUAUUGUAUGUCGUUGAAAUGUUACACAAACAGAAACAGAAUUGGAGCAAUAAAUAGGACAAUGUCUUGCGUUGUAAAAAAUAGACUUGGUUUUAUUGUCUUCAAAUUGUCACAAAAGAAAGUCAAACAUGAAUGUGUACAGUUCUUUUUUUAUGCAAAUGAUCACCUUAAACAGCAGUGAAUAAAUACAAACAAUUAAACACAGGUAACCAGAUCUAACAUGUGAGUGACGAACAGUUUAAGGAGUCAGGAAAGUGAAACUGGAGAAGGUGAGUCUGAGGUCCUAGUGGCUGAUCUUCGCCUUGAGACCCUCGAGUUCAGGACGGCCCUUGAAGCGAGCUCUGUAAUCCACCUCUGUGUGCUGAGAGGAAACAGAAAGAGAGAUUAUUAGUGGGAGAUAACGGGUGUCCAUGACAGAUGUGUGUGGUUAAAGUAUGUCUAUGUGUCUAACUCAAGUCACUUCAUUACAUAAAGCAAAAAAGGCCCAGAAUCUUUUCUCCUUAUUUGACUUAUUUAUGUUACUUGAAUAGACCCUUACUCUGUUAAUGAUUGUUUUGUUUUGUUUUUUUGUAAAAUGCCAACUGUUUGUUUUAUUUUAUCGAUACUGUAUUUGCACCA